GAACAUACGCUGUAACCCCAACGAAAUCUACAAAAUGCAAAAAAUCAUGGCGGCUGUUUAAUUAAUUGAGACGUAUCACGUGACACGUCAAACUCCAUAAUGAACAACAAAAACAGCGAGAUCAAUAUACGUCUAUAGUUGUAGAGUGAGCCGCGCUCCGCGGAGCAGGGAGGCUGGGUGCGCGCGCAGCUCCGCCUGGAUUCACUCGCUCUUGCAUCUCGCUCUGAAAGCUGUUGUUAGUGUGAGAUGGGAGACAGAGACGGCACGGAGUCUGCUGCGUGGAGCUGAGGGUGGCUGCGGCGCGCGUGGCGGACAGUCGGCAUGAGGCGAGCGCGGAGCGUCACGGGUCCGCUGCGGCGCGCCCACCCCGCCUCCGGGGCCACCUGGAACGUCCAGGUGGUCCGGGGCAAGAUGAGCUCGACGUGUCUGUGGCACGCGUGCCGCGCGCUGUCCGCCGGCCUGCUGCUCAUGCUGCUCGGCGCCGCCAUGGCCACUAUUGGAUACUAUGCAGACACAUUAUCAGUGGCAGAAGAAAUACGAGGGAAUGCCACAAUAUCGGUGAAGGACGAGGCGAGGGGCUUCCAUCUCAACAACCUCUCCUACGCGGGCCCUAUUGUUAUGGGCUUCGGAGGCUUUAUAGUGGUAGCGGCGUGCGUAAUGACGUUUGAGGCGAGAGACAGCGCGGCGAAAGUGACGCCGGCGCGGCCCACGUCGCUGCCGCGGCCGGCGCCCCGGCGCUGCGCCCCCGCGCGGCUGGACCAGCUCGGCGUGUACCGCCUGCCGCUGGCGCUGCCGUUGCCGCAUGCGCUGCCGCUCGCCACGCUGCACAAGCACCGCCAGCCGCACGCACACAGUGAGUGUGGUAUGUGCAGAGCGCGGCACGGGGCGCGCGCGCGCUGCGGCUCGGCGCCGGACCUGCGCUUGGCCGGGCUGCGCGCCCCCCUCCCCGCCGCCGCGCUGCGCCGCCCCCUCCGCCGCUACGCGCUGUCGGUCGACGAGCCGCCGCACUCCGCUGUCAGCGCAAGCGCAGCGGAGUCGGAGUGCGGGUCGCAGUCGUCGCUGGCCAUGGACCUGCAUGCGGGGGCCGCGGGGGGCGCGGGGGCGGUGACGCUGCGCGUGCGCGACAAUACCCGCCGCCGACCCCUGGCUAGGCAGAGGCGGCUGCAUGACGACGCCUCGCCGCAACAACACGCCGCUGCUAGCAUAACAACCAUCAACAAAACAGAAGAAAAUUCUGCCAAAAUCCCAGAAGAAGAUCAAAGCGAAGAGAAGCAAGUGACGCGGCUAGUGGUGGAACAUGAGGCCCUGAGAGCGCACAGCGCGCCGCUGCCGACGCCCCCCGCGUCCCCCAGCUUCCUCGUGACGUCACCGCCCUGCGAGCUCGUGACGUCACCACCCAGUGAGCUAGUGACGUCACCGCCAACCGAGCUAGUGACUUCACCACCAACCGAGCUAGUGACGUCACCAAGUGAGGCACUCCCGUCACCCCCCACAGAACUAGUUGCUACACCGCUGAGUGAAGAAGUAAUGCCUGUGACUGUGCAAGAGAGUGAGCCGGUCACGAUAGAGGUAGACAGUGAGCCGGAGCCGCGGCCUGAUACGUGCAUCCAAGUGGAGGAUGACCCCCCGUCCCCCGCGCUCGCGGAGUCCCCGCCCCCCUCCCCUGACGUCCACGCGCAGACAGGUCAAUGAGGCUCUCUUGCCCUCUUCAGAGGCUCUUCAACUGAUAGCAGAUAAGACCGCCGCACGUCAGUAGAGUUUGUACGAAGUUUUUACUAUGUCUAUUAAUUUGUCCUUUUUUAAUAAUAUACUCUCAGAUUUUCGAAAUGUCUUCGUUGGGAUAGAUAAUAGCGACAGUUGUCUAUUUUUUGGACCCAGUGUUGAAAAUUGUAUAGGAAUUAAGAAACUGUUGUC